AUGGCUGCAAUCUUGGAUGCUAUGGGACCCUACGUGAUGCAGCUGAUAGCCGACAUGGCAACAAAAGAGGUGAAGAUGUUGCUGGGCAUAUCUGGAGAUAUUGAGAAGCUAGAGAACAACAUGGAAAGUAUCAAAUGCUUCCUUGCUGAUGCUGAGAGGAAGCGCAUCAAUGAAGUGAGGGUGCAAAGAUGGGUUCAGAUGCUCAAGAACGCCAUGUAUGACGCCACUAACAUCCUAGACCUAUGUCAAAUCGAAGCUGACAAGCAGAGGGAGUCGAAAGGUAGCAGCACGGUUGAAAAGGCUCCAGGUUGCUGCCGGCCAUUGCUCUCGUGCCUACGGAAUCCUGUGUUCGCACACAAGAUAGGCAGCCGCAUCAAGGAGCUCAACCAGAGGCUAGACAACAUAUAUGAAGAGGCUCACAAGUUCAACUUCAUCAAUCUAGGAUCCCACCCGGAACAGAGGAUGUCCACUGGAGAGAAGGUGACAUCUGAGUUUGUUGAGUCAGCUAUUGUUGGUGAGAAAAUUGAGAGGGAGACAAGGGAGCUUGCUCAAGAGGGAGACAAGGGAGCUUGCUCAAAUGCUAACCAUCAAUGGACACCACGACAUCAAAGUGGUGGCCAUUGUGGGCACAGGUGGCAUGGGCAAAACCACCUUGGCCCAGAAGAUCUUCAAUGA